AUGACGGUGGAUUAUUAUGCUCCCCAGGUGGAUUAUUAUGCUCCCCAGGAGGAUUAUUAUGCUCCCCAGGUGGAUUAUUAUGCUCCCCAGGAGGAUUAUUAUGCUCCCCAGGUGGAUUAUUAUGCUCCCCAGGUGGAUUAUUAUGCUCCCCAGGUGGAUUAUUAUGCUCCCCAGGUGGAUUAUUAUGCUCCCCAGGUGGAUUAUUAUGCUCCCCAGGUGGAUUAUUAUGCUCCCCAGGUGGGUUAUUAUGCUCCCCAGGUGGAUUAUUAUGCUCCCCAGGUGGAUUAUUAUGCUCGCCAGGUGGAUUAUUAUGCUCCCCAGGUGGAUUAUUAUGCUCCCCAGGUGGAUUAUUAUGCUCCCCAGGUGGAUUAUUUUGCUCCCCAGGUGGAUUAA